AGUGGUCAGAGUUCAGAGCGCGAAGUGGUCAGAGUUCAAAGUGCUAAGUGGUCAGAGAGGGAACGGCCAGCAGCAAGAAGGACAUCUCCAUUCAGCUGUCUCUUAAGGCUGAACUGCCCCACUGAGAGGAUGAAGGUCUUCGUGGCUGCCCUCUUCCUCCUCAUCCUCAGCCUCGCCACUGUUUCUACUUUCGAAGGCCAGCCAAGAAGCCCUGCGGCGGUGAACCUUUCCACCAUCUGCUGCUUCAAGUACCGGCAUGAGAAGAAAGUACUUCCAAGGAAACAGGUGGUGGGAUACAGAAAUGCCCUCAACUGUAACCUGCCAGCAAUCGUCCUCGUCACCAACAAGAAUACAGAGGUCUGCACCAAUCCCAGCAAAGAGUGGGUCCAAAAUUACAUCAAUGAUCCCAAGCUGCCUUUGCUGCCCCCGGUUAGAUCCAUCUGAUCAUAGAAAGCCUAGCCCGGCUUCUCAGCUCCUCACAGUGGUCAAGCCUCGGUGGGAGCUCAGGUUCAGGAAAAAAAGGUGUGACCCUAUGAAAAACAAGGGCAGCCUUGUGGUCUGAAUGACACUCACAUUCAGAGAAAUGAGCCAGUGAUAAAAAAAAAAUAAAAAAAAUACAAGUAUUUUUAAUAUCUUCUCAAUCUCUGGAGGAAAUGCCAAAGUUAAGGGAGGUGAGCAGGCAUACAUUCUUAAUACACA